CCUGCCAAAAAGUCUAGGUUUAGGAUGCUUUCUGGAAAAGAAAAUGCUAAGGAAGAUAUUUCAGCUGCACCAGCUGGCUGCUUGAAGAAUAUCUGUGUUUCUUUGAAUUCAGUUGUCAAGAGUCAUCCACAACUUUCAUGUCAAGACAAUACUGUGGCUUCAGCUGCAGUUUCCAAAGAUGGUACAAGGCAAGAUUGUGAAUAUGCUGAAAAGUGCAGUCAAAGCACAUUUCGUAGUGUGGCUGAAUUAUCACUUGGUAGUGAGAGGAUAUCUGAAAUGGCUGUUGUUGAUAUGGAUAAAGCAUUAAAAGGACUGGUUGCCUGUGAACCCCGUGCUUUUUCUGGUUUAGCUGCUGAUUCUUCUGAAAAGUUCGGCAAUUUUACUUCAAUCUCUUCUGGCCAUUUCUGCUCUGAAUUUCAUAUUCCUGGGCAGAAGGCCCCACUGGAUUUUACAUUAAAAACUAAUAUGCAGAUAGUGUCUUCUUCCUCUGUGAACUGGUUUCAUAGAUUGAACAUGUCUGCUACUUACAAUGGUACAACCCUAUCUACACCUCAAUUUGGUUGUUCCAAGGAUCAAAAUAUUAGCUGCUCCUCUGGGAUCACUUCCACUGCCCAAAUAUUCAAUUAUAGAGCUUUGCACUCAUGGGUGCACCCUCAGUCUUCUCUACCACCUUCUGUCAUAUCAGCAUGGACCUUAUCUGCUGCAGAUGGAGUCAAUUUAGUGGAAACGGAUUUCUUAAUCAAACGACAACUAGUAUGGGAAGACUCAUUUCGAAGUCUCUAUUACAUGCUUAGAAAGAAUAUCUGUAAUAUCUUCUAUGUUUGUACUUCACAAAUUGUGGUGGUGUUUGCUGGUGGUGACGGCUUAGGAGGAACGAAACAGUUCUCUAAUGCUUAUAUCUCCCAGUCAACAAGAGGCUUAAGGUCAUUGUUGAGAGAGCAUGAUGUUUGUUUCUCUAUGCCUCUUUGCCGUUCUAAAGUAGAACAAGUCACUACUGAAGACCUGGUUGAGCUCUCGGAGAUUGAGAAACGCAAUCUGGGCCAGAUCUUUCUUGACCUCCUUGACAAGUGUGGAUGUUCCUCUUCUGUAUUCACCUAUUCCAUUUCAGAAUGCUGCUCUUUCUGCUCCAGAGGAUCCAAAAUGAAAGACGAAGCAAAUGAAAGUGUUUCGGCUGGUCUCUCCUACAGCAUUGAAAUCAAGGAUGCUUACAUUCCUCCGUGGAUAAUAUCCAGUUUAUGUGCAACCAUGGGUUCUGAAGGGAGGAGCUUUGCGGCAAGAGUUUUACAACAGAGCCUACUUCAAUUGGCCUAAAUGCUGCGCUUGAAACUGUUGGCCUGAAAGCCGACACCCAAGCAGCAACAGGUGAAGCCAUACAAGAAAGCACAUAUGCAUCUGGAAUUCCGGAGGCUGUUGUAACUUGUCACAUGCAUUCGACCUUCUUAAAAGGCUUGAAAUAUGCCAAUGGUUCUUUUACUGCUUGUCUUUAGCCUGUAUAACAAAUCUGUUUUCCUUGAUCAAGUGAUUCAACUAUAUGUUGCUCAUCAAUUGCCCUGUUCGC